GGAUAUCAGCUUCGCGUGCUCGCGCGCUUUUUCGUCGUCGAUCCUCUUCUCGACGCGGGGAAACUCCGCACGGUGCGAUCUUCCGUCCCGUAACUUCGAAUUGUCGAUCGUCAAUUUCCCCAAUUCGUCUUCCUUCGCGCGCUCAGCUCUCCACGAUCGUUUCGUCUUCCGAGAAAGAACCAAGAGGGAGGUUUUUCGUCGGCGAAAAUCGAACUAGGUGCGUGUCACACACCUAUAUAUAUAUAUAUAAAAAUAUAUGCACCGAGGAGUCACGCUCGAAGCAACAGAGCGAAAGAGCCCCGGGUGUAGUGGCGAGGAACUCAGCGAGGAAAACACACCACACACGAGAUCGAUAGUGUCGUGGCAACCACGUUCCAGUCUGUACACCGGGUACUAGUCUGGGGUCAGAAACGGUUGAUUUAGCGGGAAAGAAAUCGUCGGAGUAGAAUAACAAUCGCGAGGAGAAACGCGCGGAAAGUCGACGCGUUAAAAUAAAUUACAAACCAACCGAACGAAUUACGGAGUAUGGAUCUAGUCGUCUGACGUUUUCGGGUUUUCGCGAUCCUCGGAGGUAAAUCUUCAGGAAGCACGUGUGCCUAUUCAGUGUUCCUCGAGGCAGCGAGAAACCGAGAAACAGAGAAAAAGAGAAAGAGAGAAAAAGAGAGAAAAAGAGCGUCGACUCAGGUGUACGCGACGGACGAGUCACGGUGAUCCAGUCGAGAGCGCGCAACACAUUGGAUCGCUGCAUUGUCGAGAAACAUGACGAGGUGGAGCAGGAUCGUUUCGCGAUGGCGAAGCACCGACGGCUACCUAAUGGCGAUAAUAGCGCUCGUCGCUCUGUGCGCGAGCAACGCGGAAACGGCGCCGACCGACGUCGCCAUCAGCGACACCACUGCCGCGAAUUAUCUGGCGCAGUACGGAUAUCUGCCGCGAACGAAUCCGGAGACCGGCGCGUUCCUGAGCGCGGAGAAGCUGACGGCGGCGAUCGAGGAGUUUCAAGCGUUCGCCGGUCUCAACAUAACAGGUGAAUUGAAUGACGAGACUGCCAAGCUUAUGGCCACACCGAGAUGCGGCGUCAAAGACAAAGUCGGACCAGCUGCCGACGGGAGAUCGAAGAGAUACGCUCUUCAGGGGUCCAGAUGGCGCACGAAGAAUCUAACGUACAAGAUCGCCAAGUAUCCGAGCGGUCUGAACAAGCAGGAAGUGGAGAAGGAGAUCGCGAAGGCGUUCAACGUCUGGUCGGGGGAGACCGAUCUGACGUUCACCCGCAAAACCGGACACGACAACGUUCACAUCGAGAUCAGAUUCGAGGUGGGCGAGCACGGCGACGGCGAUCCCUUCGACGGACCCGGUGGCACCUUGGCGCACGCGUACUUUCCGGUUUACGGCGGCGACGCUCAUUUCGACGACUCGGAACGAUGGACCAUUCGAAGCUACCGCGGCACCAAUCUCUUCCAGGUGGCGGCGCACGAAUUCGGCCACUCGCUCGGUCUCAGCCACAGCGACGUCAAGAGCGCCCUGAUGGCUCCCUUCUACCGCGGCUACGAUCCGUAUUUCAAUCUGGACAGGGACGACGUCGACGCUAUUCAGGCGUUGUACGGGAAGAAAACCAAUCGCUAUCACGGGACGCGAGGUCACGGCAGCACUACGUCGCCGCCGCCACCCGCCGAGGAGGAUCCCGAACUCUGCAAAGAUCCGAAGAUCGACGCGAUGUUCAACACGAACGACGGCGAGACGAUCGUGUUCAAAGGAAAACAUUAUUGGAAAUUGACCGAUAACGGUGUGGCCGGAGGCUAUCCCAGACGCAUCAGCAGCACGUGGAAGGAACUUCCGUCGAACAUAGACGCCGCGUUUACGUACAGAAAUGGCAAAACUUACUUCUUCAAGGGAACGCAAUAUUGGAGAUACGUCAACACGACGAUGGACGGUGAUUAUCCGAAGGAGAUUAGCGACGGUUUCACGGGUAUUCCGGACAACAUCGACGCGGCCACCGUCUGGACCGGCAACGGCAAGAUCUACUUUUACAAGGGCACGAAGUUCUGGCGCUUCGAUCCGGCGUCGAAACCGCCGGUGAGAAGCAACUAUCCCAAACUCAUCAAGAACUGGCAGGGCAUUCCGGACCACGUAAACGCGGCGAUCACGUACAAGGGAUACACGUAUUUCUUCCAGGACAACGCGUACUACCGAUUCAACGAUCGAACGUUCUCCGUGGAUGCCGCUGACCCCGCCUUCCCGAGAUCGACGGCGUACUGGUGGUUCGGAUGCAAGUCAGCGAACAGAGGGACACUAGGUAACGAUAACUGGCCAUUCGGAUUUGGCAAUCUGGACUCCGCGGCCGACCGUGACACAUACGACUACGGUAGUCUCGACAGUGUCGGCGACAUCAUUUUAGACGCAGGAGGCACCGACGAGCUCGUCACGUCGUCGAACCACGCUGAUCACGCGGAUUCCGGAGCCUCGAUGAGUUCGUUGAAACUGUUGGCCACGUCGGAGAGAACGUGGCAGCUUCUGAUGAGCGUCGCGACGUUGAUCAUCGUGAGGUACGUCGUUACGUAGAGAGAGAGAGAGAGAGAAAAAGUGUCGAGAGUUCGCUCGACCUUUGGUUCGAGGUUUAUGACGCGAAUUGAGCAGCAGUCCUUCCCCUCCUUCGAGGACAACGACGCAACCGAAGUCAACGUGCGCGCGUAAGGUAUGAUGAUCUCGACGGAACUGGUGUUUUUUGUGCGAAACUAUCGAAACACAAGUGUUGUAUGCUGAAAACAAAAAACAACACAAGGGCGCUCCGAUAACACACAACGAUCGGGAUUGUUUGUUGACGCAGCUGUUUUUUCUACCUGCACUCCCGACAAGUGAGUAGUAGCGAUUAAUUAGGAAAAUAAUAAACACUAGAGCGUUUCUCUCCCGUUUCGUUUAACACAAAACCCCACGCACAGAAAAAAGCGCGUCGUUCGAUUGAUUCCAACGAACGUGCGUUCUCUUCGUAGAAAAUUCUGUGCGUAUGUGUUACACACAAACGCCAAGUGCGACGAAAUACGUACGUAGAUAUACGCGAAUGUUUAUAUCUCCCCGAAGUAAAACGUUUCGCGCGAAAAGCAACACGUAAAUAAACACACACACACAGACACGACCUUUUCUUACACUGCCUUAAUUUGUUCGCGUCUCCAUUUCCUGUUCGCAAAGACUUGGAACAUCAGAGGCACAUUACCGAUUCCUUAAAUUAAGGAACCCGAGCGUUUGACUAUAGAAUCGGAAGGAUGCGUGAUGUGAUUUGUUAUAGAACAUUGCGACGCGACGAUUGAAAAUAAACAAGAGAAAAAAAAAUAGUGUAGCGAUCGCGCGAAACUCCUCGACCGGCGAUGUGCGUUCUUCUUCGCCUCUCGUCGAGAAAGCGUUUGUUGAUUAGUGAAAGUAUUACGCAUAUGUGAGUAUUAUAGAUCCUUCAACUGUUUUUGCGAAGACAUCCUUUUUGUGACGUAAUUACACAUACGUACCUAGUUUUACGUUAUAUUAUUUACUUUGCAUGCAAAACAAUUUGUUCGUUUGUAUACUUUAUAUAAAAAAAAUUUAUCUAUAGUACUCAUGUCUCAUCACUGCUGAUUCAUAUAUAUAUAUAUAUAUGUACGCUAGAGUAAUUGUUAAUUAUCUCUUAUGUGCGCAAGUGCCUUAGAAAAUAUUUUUGUAAUUUAUAUAUUAUAUAUAUAUAUAUAUAUAUGCUCUAAGGUGAAUGCCAUCAUGGUCUGUCCACAAGUGCAGCUUUUUCUCCGAAUGUUCGAGCAGCGUUUGACUUUGGCUGCGUUCGUUUUUUUUUACUGGCACAGUACUGAAAAUCUAUAGAUUCACGUCACAUAUACUAUAGAUUUAUCAGUACUGUCAAAGUAAUAACCGAACAGGCAGUCUUUGUCCUGCACUGUGCGACAUUGUGCGUGUGUGUUCGAAAAUACGAGGAUUCUUCCCGGAUGGUUCGGAAUAAUCAAUAUUUUUUUAUCAGAGCAGCCUUCUCUCUGACGAAGAUUUCUGUUUGUCUUAUUAAAUGUUGCAAGUGACCAAAUGUGGGAGAUUCCUGACAUCAUGCUGUGUGUAUGUGUGCGAGAAUUUAUUUACAUAUAAGAUUCUUAUGUAUGAAGCGUUUGGGUAUCCUCCAGGAGGAUAAAGGUGCACUUUGAAAAAUGCAUUUCUUGCAAAAAAAAAAAA